CCACUGUCAACAGUCGACGUCAACAUCAUCGCCAUGCUCGUACCCCGCGUCCUCGGGGCAUCGAUGGGGCCCUCGCGCGCUGCGCUAAUCGGCAAUGUCGGCCUGGGGCUCGGUAGCCGAAAGCUCUCGCUCAUGGCGCCGGCUGCGGCACGCUCAGCGCUCGUCGCGACGCGCUUCCCCUCUGCCCAGCUGCGAUGGCGGUCGACCACGCCCGCUCGCGUCGGCCCAAAGAUGACCGAGCAGGAGUGGCCAUGGUACCCCGUCGAGCCGCCAGUCCACAAGGGCACGGUCGAGACGGAGCGCGUCAUCUACUCGCGCCCUUCGAGCGGUAACCCCCGCGCGGCGUGGGCUUUCGUUAUCGUGUGGCUCUGUGGCGUCUCGACAUGGUUCAUUAUGCCCACUCCAAGCGAGGCUAUCUCGGCGGGCCAUCUUCCUGCCCGCGUGGACAAAACCAUCAUGGGUCUCCCCGAACCGACGUUCUGGGAGAUGACCAUCAGCGGUAUGGUCACGGUUACGACCGUCGGUCUUGGUCUGGUCUUCUUCCUCCCCACGCGUAUCAUCACGAGGCUUUCGCUUAUCCGCUCGCGUGCGGCUGACGCGGCUGCCGGUGCGGCCAAGCCAAAAACGUUCAUUCGCCUCCAUCACGUCGGCCACGACAUGGCCUUUGGGCCAAUGAAGAGGUUCCGCGAUCUCCCCCUCGACAAGGUGCACAUCAACCUCAUCAUGGGAAAGCCCGACAAGCACGGUCUUAGGGUCCGCAGCGAGUGGCUCAGCCUCCGUGUGGCACCGUCCAAGUCACUCUUGGACCGCCGCGCGUACCGCAUGGACUUCCGGGACACGCCGUCGCUCCAGUUUGAGACAGGAGAGGUCAUCCUCUCGACCAAGCGUAUCGAGGACGUGUUUGGCCCCCUCAAGCCCACUUGGGGUGAUGCCAACCCGAAACCGGCGCCGAAGAAAAAGUGACCAGGGGUCACACAGUAGACAAGUAUACAUUUCAGUAUAGUGCAGAGGGCACCGCAUGAACCAGCAUUGCAUAGGG